CCCCAGAGGCGUUCCCAUUCCCAGUGUGUGCGUGCUCCUGCGCGUCUGGCGCCCACCAUGAGGCCCCUCGUCCUGCUGUGGGGCUGCCUCGUGCUCCCAGGCUAUGGAGCCCUGACGGGCCCGAAGAAGAUCAGAGGGUUCGAAGGCGGCACCGUGUCCCUGCUGUGUGCCUACGACAAGAAGCUGAGGGACCACCAGAAGUACUGGUGCAAGAACAUCGGGGUCCUCGUCGACCGCUGCUCCACCACUGUCUACACAAGAGCGGAUGGCCGGGAGAGUACAGAGGGCAGGAUGUCCAUCCGGGACAAACCGCAGGAGCUCAGGUUCAACGUGACCCUGAGGGCGCUCACCCUGGAGGACUCGGGAGACUACUUGUGUGGCGUGACAAGACUGGGCUUUGAUGUCACUCUCGGGGUCUCUCUGGUCGUCCUUCCAGGUCCCUGCUGCUCUCCCUCCCCCGCCCCUUUCCUCCAGCCUCUUGCUACGAGCCUCCAGCCCAAGGCCAGAGCUUGGCAAACUCAGCCCCCAGCACGGACUUUUCCUGGUGUCCGCCCGAGAGUCACCACGGCCACGCGGGGGAAGACAAAGGCCGAGGCCUCUCUGCUCACAGGCACAUCCCCGUCCGAGCACACAGGAGCGUCUUUGUACUCAGGAACCUCUCCGCACGCAGGGACCCCUCCGCGUGCAGGGACCCCUCCAUAUGAAGAGACCCCUCCGUAUGAAGAGACCUCUCCGUAUGAAGAGACGUCUCCUCACAAAGCAACCUCUCCUCAUGCAGGGACCGCAGGCCCGUCCACUCACCUGGACUUCAUCUCGGCAAAUGAUGCCAGUCUGCACCGCAGCAGCAGCAGCAGCAGCAGCAGCAGCGCCAAGUCCAGGGUGUGCCCCAUAACGGUCCGCAUGUUGGCGCCGGUCCUGGUGCUGCUGGCCCUUCUGCUGAUUUCAGGGCUGUGUGCCCUCGGCAGGUGCAUCUUCCAGUGGAGGAAGAAAGUUCAACUGGCCAAGGAGACUCAGAAGAAUGAGAAGGUCCACCACUCACACUUGCCUCUGGGCAAGGGCCAGGUCCCGGAGUACGCCAUGGUCAACGCCGUCGAAGCACCCACUGGGCCUGCCGCCAGCCCCCGCACGGAGAUCCAGUGCCUAGACCAGACUUCAGAGCAAGAGGAAGCCCCGUCCCAGCACCCAGAGGGCGAGGCGCGCCCAGGGCCUCCCCUUCACAUGUCUGAGGAGCUCAAGCGCUCCGUGUUCGUCUCGGUCUAGCGGCAGGACGCCCUCCAGGCCAGGCCUGCUGUGAAUCUGCGUGGCUGGAUUUCGGCUCUCUGGAAUAAGCUUUCUGCUGUGGCUUCAGGGUCCACCUGCCAGACCCCAGGGCUCUCCCCGCGCUCCCCAGGCUCUCCCCCUGCACGCCCCAGCCUGACCUGGAAGCCUUUGUCCGCCUGCCCUGGUGGCCUCCCAGCUCCAGCAGAGACUGGGGCCUCGCCUAAAUGGUCACAUGCCCGGGCAGGGCGUGCAGCCGCUGGGCCCUCACCAGGGCCAGGCAGGGCUCAGGAGACCUGGGCUGAGCUGUGUCUGCUGCAGGCAACCCCCCGGGGCCUGGGUGCCCAGCAACAGGCUCCCCACCCCCGCCCUCCGGUCCCCAGGUCUCCUCCCCUUCUUCCCUGCUCAGACUCGGGAGGAGGGAGCAUGCCAAGGUGAGAUUGGAAACCGUGCCUGGGGCCAGGCCCAGAACUCUGCAUUUCUAACCUGUGCCUAGUGAUUUGAGGUGGGGAACCCUGAGGCCUGAUGAAUAGUCAGGUCCCUCCAGCUUGGAGUGGGUUCAUUGCCCAUGGAGCUGGUGUGGCGGGGGAGGAGUAGAAAACCACUGGUGUGGGUGGGUGUCUGUAAUGGGGGAGGGCCUGGCUGGUGUGGUGCAGUGGAUGGAGCCUUGACCUGAGAACCGAAAGGGCACUGGUUCGAUUCCCAGUCAGGGCAUGUGCCUGGGUUGGGGGCCAGGUCCCUGGCUGGGGCCGUGCAUGAAACAGCCUAUCAAUGUUUCUCUCCCUCUCUUUCUCCCUUCAUUCCCCUCUCUCUAAAAAUAAAUACAAAUAGCAUAUCAGCACUUCCGCAUGUUUUUACAAACCUUUUUUAUUGUAUCCGUGCACUUCCAUGUGAUUGUUCUCCCACACUAGGUCAUUAUUUCCUAUUGCUUUAUAAAUAACAGCUGGUGACGAGUCUUUGCACAAGGCUUUAUUUGCAUUUGGAGAUUUUUUUUAUUUUUUAAAAGAUUUUAUUUAUUUACUUUUAGAGAGGGGAAGAGAGAUAGAAAGAGAGGGAGAGAAACAAUGAUAUGUGAGAGAUACAUCGAUGGGU